GCGCCACAACUCCACUUUCUGCCGAUCCGCGCGUUCUUCUACAUAAUCCCUACUUCCUGCACUUCCGUGGUUGCGAAUUCGUUUUUCUGUCGGCGCAUCCGGAUCAUCCAAGUGAUUUUUGGGGACCACCCUUUCACUAUCUAUAUUAUCUUGGACCCUGAAAACCCACAUAUUUCCACAUCGGCUGCCCACUCAUCUGCAGAUCGGCAAUCUUUUUUGACAGCGGCUCCACUUCAAACUUCCCAUUCGUAAAGAUGUCCUACAACAAGCCUACAAGCCCACCCCCUUCCUACCCUCAGCCGGCCUACAACAAUACCCCGGGCUACCAGUCCCCGCCGCCCCAAGGCGGAGGGGCUGCAUCAGACUACUACGGCCAGCAGGGCCAGCAGGGCUACUAUGGCCAGCAACAAGGCUAUCCCCAACAACAGCAGGGAUACUAUAACCAACCGCAAGGCCAGAUGUACUACCCACCGCAACAGCAGUACCCACAGCAGCAACAGGGUUAUUAUGCGGGUGGCAAUCGCUUCGGCGGUAACAGUGGUGGCGGAGGAUCUGGCGCAGGUGGAAUCUGUGCUGGUGUGAUGGCUGCGCUGGCUUGUUGCUGCUGCUUGGAUAUCUUGUUCUAAGGUGGUGCGGUUUUCGCCGGAUGCGGUUACCAUACGAGUGCUUUUAUACGAACCCAACCCGUGGAUCCGUUGAGAUUAUGCUUCAUGAGGAUAGAUGCUGGGAUUGAUACAUGGCUUGGGG